GCGUUAUCGGGCGAGCGCGGCGUGCAGUGUCGGGAUGUGAUAUGGCGAUAUCACCCGGGGCCAUGGCCCUGGCCUUUCGGGCUCGGGCUCGGGUCCGGCGCCGCCGCCGCCGAUGGUGUGCGCUCUUCAAAGUUCUGCCAGCGGCAUACGUGCUAUGCGGUCCGGACGGAGAACGACGUGCCCUUUAUAGCCGAGGUAUGCGAUGAUCCUCUUGUAUCUGCGACCACCAGCGGCGGCACAGGGGCGAGAGCAUGUCUCGCCCACAAGUGUCAGGUGUUGCACAUCAACUGUCCCAAACCCAGACGGGAUCGCACUUCUUCUUCUUCAGGAGGAGGAGGAGGAGCCGGAUGCCUCUUCUGUGUCGACCACGAGUGCAAGCGCGACGGCUGCAGCCAGCAGAAACACACCAUCGGCGUCGACUACUGUGCCGAGCACAUGUGUCAGAUGAACUCGGUGUUCCAGACGCUGGCGGCUGGCGGUGCCCGGGCAGCACCGGUGCGGACAUGCAACAAGGAGCCAGAGGUGGCGUCCGGGUCGCCGUGGUGCAAGGAGCAUCACCAGUGCCCGGUGGAGGGCUGCGGCCGGUUUCGCGAGGUGUUUGGCGACUGGAUCGCUGAUACUUGUGCCGAGCACUCAAGAAGAACAUGUGACUGGCCCCCCGGCUGCAAACGCACACCCACGCCCUCCUCGCGCGGGUGCCACCUGCACCGCUGCACCUUUCCCGCCUGCCCGCGCCUCCGCGGCCUCGCGACGGGGAGCACGCACUGUCCGGAGCACACCUGUCUGGAACCAGGAUGCGUGAAAAGGCGCUCUACGAGGACGACACCACAUCCCCCCUCGCGACAUGGCGGGAGUGGAAAUGGGACUAUCUCUCCAGCUACGGUCGAAGCCUUAUUCACGGGCUUGAUGGAUAACAACAACGGACGACGUGGCGGCCGCGGCGAAGGCCGCAGAACAAGCAGCAACUCCUUCCCGUGGCUCGGGGACUUGCUGUCCGCUGCCGCUGCCGCCGCAGACACCUCCAACCUCGCUCCUUCAUCCCAGCCUCGCCGCCGGGCAUCCCGCGGACAGCAGCACCACCGGAGGCAAGUACAUUUCCGCCCAAACAACCAGGACCGCCAACACCCGUCACCACACCCGCCGUCGCGGUCGCGACGACGAAGACCGCCGUAUCCUCCAGAUAGCGACGAGUCUGACUUUAGCGACUCUGAGCAGGACUACCAGGAUCAACAGGAGCAGCAGCAGCAGGAGCGGGAGCAGCGGCAGCAGGAUGUUUUGGACUCUGUGGCCUCGGCGCUGCACGACGCCGGGGUCUUGUCAUCCCAGAAUGAUGAUGGUGAUGAUCAUGGUGGUGGACGUGUGAGCCGGAUCCCGACGAGUGUGUACUGCGAUUCACAUAGAUGCUUUGUGCAGGGCUGUUCCGCGCGGCGGGUUGGGUGGCGGCGGGACUCUCAUCACCAUCAUCAUCAGCGUCGUCCUCGUCGUGAUCGUGGGGGUGAUGACCGCGGUAGUGGUAGCGGAAGUGAUGAUGACGACUGCCACCACCACCAGGCCGGGACCCGGAGCGGUAGUGACAGUGCCAGCGACGACAGUAUCGCCGAGGAGGAGGUCAUCUACUGCGAGGCACAUCGGUGCCAAUACUCUGCGCGUCGGCAGCGGCUCGUGUACGACGAGAUGAUCCAGGACUAUCGACCCGCCGCGGGACGAGCGGGCCGCGGCCGCUGGUGGAAGUGCGGCAAGCGGGCGAGGCAUGGGGGUUUGUGCCGCGAGCACUCGGAAGCCAAUGGCUCACAUGCUGAUGGUGAAGUCCGUGGGAAUGGGAGGUUUGGUUGGGGCUGGACCCCGCAGGGCGGUCGUGAGAGAGGGCAUGGACCGGGAAGUUGGGAGUUCCGUGACAUCGGGCUCGGUUGGAGUGGGAUUCCGAGAGGAGGUGGUGAUGGUGGUGGAGGAGCAUGGGGCCAUGGCUACAGCACUAUCCGGUGGUGAUUGGUUGAGGAUUAUUGACUGCAUCCAUCUAUGUAGCUGUCACCGAGAGUACGUUUCAUAGCGAUCCCUUGAGCGACGA